AUGGCUGAUACGACGAGUGAUAAUGAGACCAAGAGGCCAUCGAGCACCAACAAGUUGGAUGAAACGUGGUUCUACUAUCAGAAUCCAACGAGUGGGUGUGUUGCCACCGCCCCCAUGACACUGCGUCAGUUGAGCCGUCUCUUUUGUCCCGUUCGAGAAGGCUUAAAACCGAUUUUGCCGCCUCAAACUCGCUGUCUUCAAGUGCUGCAAGGAGAGCAGUUUGGAGAAUGGAAGUUGGCCUCGGAGUUUGAUGUCUUGAGAGAGGCCUCGGCUGAGUGGUAUUUCGCGACAAAAGAUUCUGGCUCGGAGGGUCCCUUUUCAUGUAGAAAAAUUUUGGAAGAAAAACCUCGUUUGGUGUAUGCUGGCGGGGUUACAGAAGAGUGGGUCUCUGUGGACGAUAUUCCAAAUCUCAAGUUGGUUUUGGAAGCAUUGCAGAACGCAACUAGUGUAAUACCAAAGAAUAAUGUGGCUCAACCAGCUGCAUCAAAGGAAGUUGUAGAACUGCAAGCUCAAGAAGACCUCGAGUCUUUUCUAUCAGCAACAGCGGAAGAAACGAAGGCCUCUGUUAGUGGUUCAAAAGACGUUGACCCUGAUGCUCAUAUUUACGAAAGCGACGGGGGUACCAAGUACGUACAGGAUCCGAUGACGGGAAAUUGGGUCCACGAGGCCUUGGCACUGGAAGAAACAAAGAAGGAAACAACGGCACCAACAGUUGCUACCACCACCACAAAAACAAAAUCUGGUAAGAAGAAGCAAAAGAAAAGCAAAUUUUCGAACCGAAAUGCGAAAAAUUGGAUAUACAUCAGUGGCCUGCCAACAGACAAGGGUAUAACAGAAGAUGAUAUACACAAGUAUUUUUCUCGGGCUGGGCUCUUAGAUUUAGACCCAGAAUCGUUAAAGCCAAAGAUCAAGUUGUAUCGCACUGCCAGUGGUCAGCUGAAAGGUGAUGCGUCUAUUUGCUAUGCCAAAGCAGACUCUGUCAACUUGGCAUUGCAGGUUCUAGACGAGUCACCCUGGGACGAAAAACACAUUCUACGGGUGCAGAAAGCAAAAUUCGAGGCCAAAGUAACAGGAGAUGGUUCAAGUGCAGGAACCAAACGACGUCGACCAGCGUCAGAUGCCAAGCGAAAAGUUGCUAGGUUGGCGCUCUUGCAAGCUCAAGAUGAAGGGUUUGGAGGUCGUCUCAGUGGUGGUCGAAAAGGAUUAUGUAUAGUUGUUGUGAAGAACAUGAUGGACGGGAUUGAAGAGAACAAGCUGGAGGAUAUGAUAUAUUCCUAUUGUCAAGAGCACGGUGAAGUGGAGAAGAUUACAUGCAUGGAAAAAGCAAAGGUUGUCAUUAUCAAAUUCGCCGAGCCAACAUCAGCUGCAAAUGCUCUUGGUGCUUUGAAUGGAAAACCCAACCCGUCCACUAAAAAGAAGAUGGAAGCUAUGUACUGGGAUGGAGUCACAGACUACACUCACAAGGACGAAGAAUCGGACGAAGAAGAAAGACUUGAUCAGUUUGGACAGUGGUUGGAAUCUCAAGAAGAGCUCCCUGAUGAGUUGCGGUUAAAAGUGGCGGAUGACUAA